GUCACAGCCUGUGGGAGAUGAGGCUGAAACAGGAUAAUAGCCCUUAAAUCCCCUUCUCUAAGCACUCAAAUCUUCCCUGUCAGCAAGAUUAAAGCGGUCAACAGCAGUCUUCAUGUGUCUAUAUCCCACACUCAGCUCUCAUAGCAACUGGAGUGGCAACUGGCAAGAGGAAAAAUGCAGAACUGCUGCUGUGAUUGAUACCAGCAAAGAGAAAAGAAAGUGGUACUCUCCAUCCUAUUAGAGCCAGAAAGGACUGAUGCUAAUUUCUCAACCAGGUGAAUGAAAACAAGGGAGAAAAGCAAGGAGAAAUAGUUAUGUUGCAGUUUAAUAUGAGGAGACAAUUUCCUUUCCUUAAACAUAAAGGAAGAGAAAGAGAAGUAUCAAGUGUCCUCACACAGCCCAACAUGGGGAAGGAUAAUGAAGGUGUAUGUUUAAACAAGCAGAGUGAUUUUUCUGGUACUGCUUCACUGAGCUCUCAACCCCUGUUGCUCCUUGGACCGGAGGGAAACUACAACUAUUACGUGGAUGAUGAAGAUGAGGAAGAAGAGGAAGAAAAAGACCAAGGAAAAUGGUCAACAGGGGACCCAUUUGAAGGAGAAAACAAGCUCUCAUCAUCCAUUCCUUUCUCUCCAGCCUUUUCACCUGGGGCCCCACCCAGACCUUCCACUUCAUCCGUGCUGAACAUUAACGUUGGCGGCCAAAGCUACCGUCUCACUUACCAGGCAGUGGCCACCUAUCCCAAGACCCGUCUGGGCCGCCUGGCCACUUCCACUGACCGUCGCUGCCAGCUGGGCCUUUGUGAUGACUAUGCUGCCCAGGUGGAUGAGUAUUUCUUUGACCGUGACCCAGCUGUCUUUCAGCUGGUAUACAACUUCUAUGCCUCAGGAGUUCUCCGUGUGCGGGAUGAGCUGUGCCCACGCAGCUUCUUGGAGGAGCUGAGCUAUUGGGGUGUGCGGCUAAAAUACACACCCCGCUGCUGCCGCAUCUGCUUUGAGGAGCGUCGUGAUGAGCUGAGUGAGCAGCUGAAGGUCCAGCGCGAGCUGCGCUCCCAGGCAGAAGCUCAGGAGAAUGAGCAGCUCUUCCACCACAUGCGCUACUAUGGGCCCCAGCGCUGGCGCCUCUGGAACCUCAUGGAGAAGCCCUUCUCCUCUGUCACUGCCAAGGUGAUGGCAGUGGCCUCCAGCUUCUUUGUGCUCAUCUCUGUGGUGGCUCUGGCACUCAAUACAGUGGAGGAGAUGCAGCAGGUAGACAGAAAGAGUGGAGAGAGCCGUCCUGUCCUGGAGCACAUUGAGACCCUUUGCAUCGUGUUCUUCACACUGGAGUACUUGCUGCGCUUGGUCUCCACCCCAGACCUGCGUCGUUUUGCCAGCAGCGCCCUCAAUGCUGUAGACCUCAUUGCUAUCCUGCCCCUCUACCUACAGCUGCUGCUCGAAUGCUUCACUGAUGACGACCAACCCCGAGGUCGGGGCUCUCAGCAUGAGUACGAUAUUGAGAAGGUGGGACGGGUGGGAAAAGUGGGACAAGUGCUUCGCAUCAUGCGUCUCAUGCGCAUCUUCCGCAUUCUCAAGCUGGCCCGCCACUCCACAGGGCUGCGUGCCUUUGGCUUUACCUUGCGCCAGUGCUACCAGCAGGUGGGCUGCCUUUUGCUGUUCAUUGCCAUGGGCAUCUUCGCCUUCUCUGCCAUGGUCUACACUGUGGAGCAUGAUGUCUCAAGUACCAACUUCACCAGCAUCCCCCAUGCUUGGUGGUGGGCUGCCGUCAGCAUCUCUACUGUGGGAUAUGGAGACAUGUGUCCAGAAACUCACCUUGGCCGCCUGUUUGCAUUCCUGUGCAUUGCUUUUGGGAUAAUCCUGAACGGCAUGCCCAUCUCCAUCCUCUACAACAAGUUCUCAGACUAUUACAGCAAGCUGAAAGCCUAUGAGUACACUGCUCUCAAGAAAGAGAGGGGGAAGGUGGACUUCACGAGGAGAGCCAUGAAGAAAAUCUCUGAAUGCUGUGGAGAAGGUGGAGCUCGCUCCAUGCCGCAACAGCGAUAGGAGCCGCCUUUGGAUAAGAGGCUGAAAAAGGGAAGGUGGAGGAAAAGAAAUGAAUCAGCAAAGCGAACUAGAGACAAACUGAAAAGGCUGGAAGUAACAAAAAAGUAGGCAGUGAAAUAUGUCUGCAAAGAAGCUUUUUUAAAAGGCUCAGAUUCCAACAACAUAUAUAUGUAUAUUUUUUAUUGGUGAUAUUAAGUUCAUGAUCUCAUGUACUCAUGAGAUAUCUAAAUGAUGUUCUUCAGAUAUACUGCCCAGAAAAUCUGAAUUAGACCCACAAGAAGAUGAGACCCCUGUGACUGGCCAGACCCUUGAUGAAAACAAACCAGACUGAAGAGAAACAAACAAAAAAAUACUGUAAUUAAGGGCUGGCCACUUCACUGCUGCCAGGGCAGCCUUAAAAAUUAAACUU